AUGCAAUCUACACAAAGAGUAGAAGGACAAAAUGCGAUAAUCAAAAACACAGUCAAUAGUCACACCUCAAUUCUAGAACUGGCCAAAAAACUCGAUGACCAAUUUAAAAAUACAUCUACUCUUAUUCAAUAUCGAAAUUGGGCACAUUCAACAAUUGGCUCAACACUUACACAUGCAAGCCAAGACUUUUCACCCAUAAUUGAUAAAUGGAUUAAUCACAUUCUUGAAAUCGAACAAGAAGUUGAACAAUUUGGCGUUG